CCGAAGCGGACCUGAAGGUAAGCGUUUCCUGUGGCUUUAAAAAUAAGUGAACUGUAGAAGCCGGAUGUCUAUUUCGGCUGAAGGAGAUGGUGGUACCAAUGCUGGACAUGCCUGCUCAACCUAUUGGGAUGGUUUCUGAUGUUGUGUUCGUUAUUGAAGGCACCGCCAAUCUUGGACCUUACUUUGAAUCUUUGCGCAAGCAUUAUCUUCUUCCUGCAAUUGAGUACUUUAAUGGUGGUCCUCCAGCUGAAACAGACUUUGGAGGAGAUUAUGGUGGUACCCAAUACAGUCUGGUGGUGUUUAAUACAGUAGACUGUGCUCCUGAAUCAUAUGUACAGUGCCAUGCACCAACGAGCAGUGCAUAUGAAUUUGUCACAUGGCUGGACAGCAUUCAGUUUGUGGGUGGUGGUGGUGAGAGCUGCAGCCUCAUCUCAGAAGGUCUCAGUACUGCCCUACAACUCUUUGAUGACUUCAAGAAGAUGAGAGAGCAAAUAGGCCCCACACAUAAAGUCUGCAUCCUUAUCUGCAACUCACCUCCCUACCUGCUUCCAGCUGUGGAGAGUACCACAUAUUCAGGCUAUACAACAGAAAAUCUGGUUCAAAAGAUUGGUGAGCGGGGAAUUCACUUUUCUAUUAUCUCCCCACGGAAACUGCCAGCUUUGCGCAUUCUCUUUGAGAAAUCUGUGACAGGGAACAUGUUGGAGACUCAGUUGAAAGACUACAGCCAGGACCCCCGGCACAUGAUCCUUAUCCGUGGUAUGAUACUUCCAGUAGGAGGAGCAGGAGCAACCAAUAACAACCUGCAGCCCAAACAACCAGUAUCCCAGCCUCCCCCAGUUCCUCCUCCACUCCCUCCGGCACAACCACAGGUUCUGCCCCAAGUUUCUCAACCAUAUCAGGUUACACAACCCACUACUCUCACUGCAGCCCAGGCAGCUGCUCAGUCUGCUGUGGAAGCCGCCAAGAACCAAAAGACCGGCCUAGGCACCCGCUUCCCUUCCUUGAAUACCAUGCAACCAGCUUUCAGUCAAGCUCCUACGCAGACCCUUCCGACAGGCUCUGUUCCAGCUCUGACUCAAAAGCUCCCUGCCUCAUCUCAGUCUAGUCUGGUCUCCACAGUAACCACAGGCUCCGGCCUGCUGGUUCAGCCACCUGUGCAAGCUUCCCCACAAUCUGGUGCCUCAGCCAUGACUAGUGGCAUGCCUCCCAACAGUAUGAAUGUGACUCAGCCGACACAGGCACAAAUUGGAGCACCCCAGCAAUCUAUCCCAAACAAAGUGAUGGCAUGGAGUGGGGUGCUGGAAUGGCAGGAGAAGCCGAAGCCAACUUCUGUGGAUUCCAAUACCAAACUCACACGUUCCCUGCCUUGCCAGGUGUAUGUCAAUCAAGGAGAGAACCUGAAGGCUGAGCAGUGGCCCCAGAAACUCAUUAUGCAGUUAAUUCCCCAACAGCUCUUGACAACUCUGGGUCACCUGUUCCGCAAUUCUCGCAUGGUGCAGUUCCAUUUCACCAAUAAGGACUUGGAAUCCCUCAAGGGGCUCUAUCGCAUCAUGGGCAAUGGAUUUGCUGGCUGUGUCCACUUCCCUCACACAACACCUUGUGAGGUGCGAGUGCUGAUGCUGCUCUACUCCUCCAAGAAGAAAAUCUUCAUGGGGCUCAUUCCUUAUGACCAGAGUGGUUUUGUCAACGGGAUCCGUCAAGUCAUCACUAACCAUAAACAAGUUCAGCAGCAAAAGCAGAUGGGGGGUUCUCAACCCAUGGGGUCCACACCCAACACACAGCCCUUCCUGGCAAAGCAGCCUGGCACUUUGCCAGUAACUCCAGGAGUCCAGCAGCAGAUGGGUGGGCAACAGGUGAGCCCCAGUAUGCCUCAAGUGGGAAUCAUGGAAGAACGGCAACAGGGUUUGUUGCAGCUCCGAGUACAGCAACCUCAGCCAGCUGCCCCACCUACCAACCAACCUCCACAAGCACAGGGUCCCCCCCAGGCUGGGCCACAGGCCACCCAAGGAGGGGCCAUGCUUCGGCCCCAAAAUCCAGGAGCCAACCCUCAGCUCCGAAGCCUUCUUUUGAGUCAACAACCGCCCCAAGCUGGAGUCCCUCAAUCCCAGCAGCCCCUUCACCACCUACAGCAAGGGUCCUCAGGAAUGUUACCACACCAGCCCAUGGGGCAGACUCUUGGUCAUCAGCCUCCUGGACAGCAACAGCUUCAGCUUCCUGGACAGCCUCUCAUGCACCAAGCUCCUGGGCAGCAGUGGCCAGCCCAGAUGGCACCACGGCCACAAUUGCAAGGUCAAAUGCUAAUGAACGCUGGUCCCCGAGGGCCUGUUUCUCAACCAGGCCUGCAGCAGGUUCCUGCCCCCAGCAUCAUGGAGGAUGACAUCCUCAGAGACCUCAUCUGAGGACAGAGGAGGAUACUUCUCCAAUGUCACCCAGUGCUGAAAUCAUCUCUGUAAACUGGGAAGAUGCUUCCUUUCUG